GCAGGGGGAGGAGCAGGCGGCGGUAGCAGCAGCAGCGGCCGCUUCUCCGGCCGGAGCUGCCCCUGCGUAGGACAACAAGGGGAGCCCCGCAGGGCAGCUCGCGCCCGGCCGGCCUAGGGAGCGCCCGGCGGCUCCAUCCGGCGAGGGCCUGGGGCGCCCCCACCCGCUACCAGCGCCGGGCACACCCCCUCCCCCUCGGCACUCGCGGGGAGGCGGCUCCGCUCUCCACAGCAGCGGCGCCCCGGGAGCUGAGCGCCGUCCCCGGGGAUCGCGGGGCCAGAGGCGGGGUUCGGGGCGUCCCCUGGCCGGGCGCCGCACCAUGCUGCCCCCGCUCUCCCCGCGCCCGUCCGCCUAAGGGCAGGGAGCCCGCGCCAGCUCCCCGUGCUGCCAUGCCGCCGGCGCUCCGCUAGGCGAGCCCGGCUCCCGCAGCGGCUCGGGACCUGACGGGCGGGGAUCGUUGCGCCUCAGCCCGGGCGGCGGCACCAUGAGGAACGGCGAGGAGCUGGAAGGCUUCGAUGGCGAAGCGUCCAGCACCUCCAUGAUCUCCGGGGCCAGCAGCCCCUACCAGCCCACCACCGAGCCCGUCGGCCAGCGCCACGGGCUGGGCGGCCUCCGCUGCGACCUGGACUAUCUGCGGGGCGCUCUCGGCAAGAUCAAGCUCACCGAAGUGGUUUUGGCACUGAUUGCAUUCAUCUGCAUAGAGACCAUCAUGGAAUGCUCCCCUUGCGAAGGCCUUUAUUUCUUUGAGUUUGUGAGCUGUAGUGCAUUUGUAGUUACUGGAGCUUUAUUGCUUAUGUUCAGUCUAAAUCUUCACACAAGAAUACCACAGAUCAACUGGAAUCUUACAGAUCUUGUCAACACUGGACUCAGCACUUUCUUCUUUUUCAUUGCAUCUGUAGUACUUGCUGCUUUGAACCAUAAAACUGGAGCAGAAAUUGCUGCUGUGAUAUUUGGUUUCUUGGCGACGAUCGUGUAUGCUGUGAAUAUGUAUUUAGCUGUUAAAAAAUGGCGAAUGAACAGCAGACAGCAGAACAGCCGGCAGACAAGUGAUUACAUUCGUGCUCGGACAGAAUCAAGAGAAGUAGAUCACCACCCUGAGAUUCAGCGUCUGGAUGCGUGAAAACUACAGCUGUGUGGGACUGGAAAGAGGGGAUAGAAAACAGCAACUUUUUAUUUUGUUUCAUCAAGUGAAGUUUAUAUAGUUUGAAGUUUUCAUUUUUUAGGAAGAGUUUUGGCAGAGAUAAGCUGACCAUUUAUAUGUACAGAGAGAGAUGUUGAUCUACAUUUAUUCAGAAGCUAUUGGCUUGGAGGCUAUAAUUAUUGGCCAUUCAGAAGUACGAUCUAUACAAUGAUUACAUAUAUAUCUGAUGUAUGUUAAUAUUUUAGAUUAAACACCUGUAUAGUACUUCUUUCCAGGUACCAGCUCUAGAGAAACUUGCGCACUCUGCCACUAUUUCAUCACCCAGUAGGAAUGUUAUGAUCAACGCUAUAUCGUUCUGUUAAAAGAAAGAAAUAUUCCAAAACUUAAGUACAUUUUAUUGCAUAUGAAAAGAAAGUGAGGGACAAAUAGCAAUAACAUAAGCCAGCUUGAGCGUACGCCAACACUUUAUACACUUCCUCAUGCAGCUUUGCCAAUGCAAUUCACUUCUCACCUGCAAGACCUCCCACAGUUCCAUCUUGUAGCUGACACCGGCAAUCACGUCAGAUGUUUGGGCUGGUGGAUUGGUGAUAUGGACAGACACACUAUGGACUAUCCUAAAACCACCAAACUCAUUUAAUGUAUGACCUCAACCAGAUUUUGAAUUGGGGCUCCUACAUGUGAAAGACUAACACUUUUUCACCUGCUGCACAGUCAACACAAGCCAUCCAACACUAGUAUGUAGGUAUCUGCUCGUGUUUGAAUAUGUAUUACAUGAUUUUAAUUCAUGAAAUACUUUUGGGGGUUUGUCAAGUAAUAGACUCUACAUCCCAAUCAAUGUUCAUUUUUUAUUUCAAGGUUCAGUCAUCUGGGAAUUUUAAGGAAAUCAGGAGCCACCAAAAAUGCAUGAUGUAUAUAUUGUAGGAUAUUCCAAGACUAUGACGUGUUUUGUGUAGUAUAAAUACAUUUUAUGGCAUAUUCUGGUUUUAGAUUGGUGGUUCGGUUAAAUUAAAAUUGGUUGGUAGUAGGUAAAAUAAUUUGGUUUAAUGCAUAAAUUGGGCAUAGCUAUAAAACAUUUUUAUAAUGUUCCUUUUGAAGCUAAUUUUAGGUAACGAGGACAUAUGAGUGGUUGAACCUAUUGUUUUUCUCUGUUUGCUUCUCAUGUUUACAGACCAUUUUCCUAGCUCAAAUUUUCUCACUUCCAUUGAACUUUCAGUGAAGAGAAGACUGUAUUCUCUGGUUAUUGAAUUCUGCAAAAAUAUGUCUAGAACCUUAGUCAUAAUUUUAUUAGGGAGACUUCACCAAUAUCUUGUAUGGUCUGUGAUUAAUGUGUGUGUCCCAUGUAAUAAUGGGUUGGCAUAUGGAUAAGUGUUUACAACAGCUUUCUCAUUUAUUGUAGAUGGGAACAAAACACCGCGGCACCCCCAGUGGAGUCAAAUAUAAACCUGAUGUACAUGAGUAAGAUCUUCAUGGAAGUCAGUGAAGUUGUAUACACUCACACCAGAUCUGAGUUUGUUCCACAGACUUUUAGCAUUGUAUUCAUGUGUAACUAUUCCCAGUAUGGGUUGAUGUUUACACCAAUACAUAGUUGGAAUCCUACGUAAAGACACUGUCAAGUCAAUUUUAAACGCAAAAUGUAGAUUUUUUUUUUUCCAAACAGAGUUUUACCAGUCCUAAAGUUAAUAGAAAUGUUUACAUGAAACUUUUUUUUUGUAAUUCCAAAAGAAACAGGGAAAGCUCUAGAUUUGAACAUUCUGCACUGUUCACUUCUCAGGCAAUGCAAGCCUUGUGCUGAUGCAUGAAAACCAGAAAGUGAAAUUGUUUCUCUCUUAUCAUUCUCCAACUUGUUUGCUAUUUGCAAUCAUUCCACAUAAACUAGAUCUUUUUAAAAUUCUGUUUUAAUAAUUAAAUUAAACUAAUAGUUUAUUUUUAACCUGAUAGAGGUGUCUUUAUCAUAUUAUCAUAUUAAAUGUUAUAUUUUACAUUUCACUGAAAGUUGUAACUGAAGGGAGUGCUGAAUUUAGAGUUUAAUAGUUGAAGUUCUAAUGAUCCUCUAGAGUGGUUAAGAACAUAGCCAUUUUAUUAAUUAAUUCCAGUGAAAGCUAGCUUUAAUGGGGUGUCACAUGAAAACUGACCUAUAACUCAGUAUGGUUAGCAGUGCUGAAUGGAGGUGUGCACUGUGCCCAUUGGAUAAGCUGUUUUUUCAGCAUGCUGUGCCAAGUAUUGGAGGGGUGAUAUAAUUGGGGUAGUUCAUAGAUGCUGCAGUUUAAAAAAAAAAAAAAAAAAA